ACUGUUAAUAGACUGCCGGCUCUCUCUCUUUCACACUCGAAAAUUCUGCUGGGUUGGGUUGUCUCUCUUUAUUAAUUAACCCCCCACCAGUCUCAGCUCGUUCCCUGUAUAUUGUUUCCUCACUGAAAGUAUUGCUCAGGGAAAAAAAAAUGGAUAGACGUCGAAGGAAGCAAGCCAGGACCACAACUUAUUGCUCUGAUCAAGCUACUUCACGGCUCUUUCUGUGUGAUGAUUUGGUAGAGGUAAGCAGCAUUGAAUGGGAAUUCAUCAACAUGUCAGAAGAAGAAGAAGAUCUCAUUUACAGAAUGUAUAAGCUGGUCGGAGACAGGUGGGCUUUGAUCGCAGGUCGAAUUCCAGGCCGCAAAGCUGAGGAAAUAGAGAGAUAUUGGAUUAUGAGACAUUGUGAAGGGUUUGCCAGUCGACGGAAGGAACGAAAAAGAGAUUAUGUCAGAGAGUCUGUACUGACAGUGAUCGUGAUUUCCCUCGCCUAUCGUCCCUAAUUUUGAUUAUGAACAUUUGAACAGCUAUUCCAUGAUUGUGCCCAAAAUCGUGUGUAGGAAAACGCAAGCUGUUCCUCAAAAUUUAAAAUCGAGGAUUUUUUUUAUAAUUUCACAAUAAAGACAUAUAAAUUUCUUGUCCA